AUGAAACAUCAGGGACCUCAAUCUUCAGACAAGGAUUCUAGAAAUAGUACAUGUAGGAAUAUCUUUUAUCAAACAUCAGGUCUUCCACUAAAGAAAAGUACACAUACAGGAGAGAAGACUUAUAAUUGUGAAUAUAGUGAUAUUUCUAAUCAGUCUUCAAAUCUUACUCAACAACAGAAUAUUCAGGAUCCGCAGAAAAGUUACAAGUGUAAGAAAUGUGAGAAAGCCUUUACUAACUCAUCCAGUCUAAGUAGACACAGGAAAAUUCAUUCAGGAUGGAAACCUUUCAAAGGUACAGAGUGUGGCAAUGCCUCUAAUCAGAAUUCAAAGCUUAGUCAAGAUCGGCAAAUCCACACUGGCAAGAAACCUUAUGAAUGUAAGGAAUGUGGAAAAGCAUUUAUGUCUUGCUCAAAUCUUAGUCAACAUCAGCGAAUUCAUACUGGGGAGGAGCAUUAUAAAUGUACUAAGUGUGGCAAAGCCUUUAAUCAGAACUCAAAGCUUACUCAACAUCAGCGAAUCCAUACAGAGCAGAAACCUUACAAAGGUAAGGAAAGUGGCAAAGCCAUUUUUAGGUGUUCACAUUUCAGUCUGCAUCAGCAAGUUCAUGCUAGGGAGAAACCAAGCAAAUGUAAAGAAUGUGGCAAAGUGUUUCCUUGUAGCUCAUGUCUUACUCAAUAUCAGGUAAUUCAUAUGCAGCAGAAAUCACACAAAUGUAUGAAGUGUGGCAAAGCCUUUAAUAAGAAGUCAAACCUUAGUCAACACCAGAGAAUUCAUACUGGAGAGAAGCCUUAUAAAUGUAAGGAUUGUGGCAAAGAAUUUAAGCAGUGCUCAGGUCUCACUUACCAUCAGAAAAUUCAUACUGGAGAGAAGUCUUAUAAAUGUAAGGAUUGUGGCAAAGCAUUUAGACAGCACUCAUGUCUUACUAAACAUCAAAGAAUUCAUACUGGAGAGAAGCCUUAUAAAUGUAAGGAUUGUGGCAAAGCAUUUAGACAGCACUCAUGUCUUACUAAACAUCAAGUAAUCCAUACUGGAGAGAAAUCUUAUAAAUGUAAAGAAUGCGGAAAAGCCUUCAGUUACUACUCAACUCUUACUAAACACCAGCGAAUUCAUACUGGAGAGAAGCCUUAUAAAUGUAAGGAUUGUGGCAAAGAAUUUAACCAGGGCUCAGGUCUCACUUACCAUCAGAGAAUUCAUACUGGAGAGAAGCCUUAUAAAUGUAAGGAUUGUGGCAAAGCAUUUAGACAGCAGUCAUGUCUUACUAAACAUCAAGUAAUCCAUACUGGAGAGAAAUCUUAUAAAUGUAAAGAAUGCGGAAAAGCUUUCAGUCACUACUCAACUCUUACUGAACACCAGCGAAUUCAUACUGGGGAGAGGCCUUAUAAAUGUAAGGAUUGUGGCAAAGACUUUAGGAAGCACUCAGGUCUUACUUACCAUCAGAUAAUUCAUACUGGAGAGAAACCUUAUAAAUGUAAAGAAUGCGGAAAAGCCUUCGGUCACUACUCAAGUCUUUUUCAACACCAGCGAAUUCAUACUGGAGAGAAACCUUACAAAUGUAAAGAAUGUGGAAAAGCCUUUAUCAAGAACUCAAAUCUUACUCGACAUCAGAGAAUUCAUACUGAAAGAAAAACCUUAUAA